AGGAACUUCGGAUACAAGUAGGAAAGGACCUCACCUCAGAACCUAUUAGAGAAAAGUAUGAAAAUGUGGUAGGGCCUUUCUCCCAUCCUGAGAUCCAUCACAGUACGGGGACUUCAAGGAGUCCAAGGAUCUCAUUUUUGUUGUAUUUUUUGUUUGAUGUGAUUUUUAAAGUCAGUUUUCUGGAUGUUUGAAAAUUGAAGUCAGAACAUUCGCUAAGAAGUUGGCUGAAUGUUGCAAGCUUGCAAAAUGGAAGGAUUCCCCCUCAUUCCCCCUCCCUCUGAAGACAUGGUAACCUAUGAGUCAGACCUCUACCGACAGCCCCAUGACUAUUACCAAUAUCUCAACAGUGAUGGAGACAGUCAUGGUGAGCAUUACUGGGACUAUCAUCCACAUCACAUGCACAGUGAAUUUGAGAACUUUGGGGACAAUCACUUCACAGAACUCCAGAGUGUACAGCCUCCACAGCUGCAGCAGUUGUACCGGCACAUGGAGAUUGAGCAGAUGCACGUUCUAGACUCAGGACUCCCUGCCCAACAUAUUGGGCUGAACCACCAGGUCUCCUAUUUGCCCCGGAUGUGCCUACAGUACCCAUCUCCGCACCAGCCCAGUUCUGAUGAGGAAGACAUGGAGAGGCAGAGCCCACCAUUGGAGGUAUCAGAUGGGGAGACUGAUGGUGUAGACCCAACUCCUGGGAUUAUGCAUGGAGAACCAGGCAGCAAGAAAAAAAUCCGUCUGUACCAGUUCCUUCUGGACCUUCUUCGCAAUGGAGACAUGAAAGACAGCAUCUGGUGGGUAGACAAGGAAAAAGGCACUUUCCAGUUCUCCUCCAAACACAAAGAGGCACUGGCAAACCGCUGGGGCAUCCAGAAGGGUAACCGCAAGAAAAUGACCUACCAGAAAAUGGCACGGGCUUUGAGAAACUAUGGCAAGACAGGGGAAGUCAAGAAGGUCAAGAAGAAGCUGACCUACCAAUUUAGUGGAGAGGUGAUGGGAAGGGCAAGCAGCGAUAGGAAGCAUUAUCCUCACUGAGUACAGUUCUUGGGAGCCUAUGCAAGAAAAAUAUAUUACGACCUCCUGGCUGGAUGCCAGUAGAGGAGAUGGACGCAUCUUUCUCUUUUCUUCCUGUGCCCACCUCUCUACCUUUACAGGGCCCUUAACAUCCGAUGUUUUGGUACGAAUUCCCUUCUUCAGCAUCUGAGAAUCCUAAAGAUAACAGAAUUCUUUGCUUCCAUCCAACAAGCUGGACAGAGUUGGGAAAUUUAAGAAAUGUAUAAAUAUAUUAUUGUCAGAAAAUAUUUGUUCAAUUGUGUUGUAAUUAAAAAAUACAACUUGUUGAAGUUUUGCCUUCAAAGGUGAUGCCGUGUCACCCUGUGACACUGCAUUAGCUUACAGCUUUGAAACUAGCAUUAAUACAGGCUCUGCUGCAGCUCUCAACAGCUAGAGAGACGUUUGCAGAUCUUGGAAUGAUACUUAUUAUGUUUAAAUAGUAAUAACUUGUAUAUAUUUAAUAAAAUUUGCUAUAAUGAA